UUAAUCUGCAGAGGAGAGGAGAGGAGCGAACACGCCACGCCAAACCCAAGUCGGGAGAUUUCCCAAUUUUUUUCUACAAGAGGAAGACGAAGAGCUCCCGAAUUCCCUCUCUAAUCUGCGCGCGCGUGGUUGGAUCCCAUCCAAACCCAAGUCUCUCUCUCUCUCUAUCCGGCGGUUUCUUCGAUCCCAAAUCGUGAUUCGCUCGAUGGCGGCCACCGCCGGCAACAAGAUCCGCAACGCAAAGCUGGUUCUUCUUGGGGAUGUGGGCACCGGAAAGUCCAGCCUGGUUCUCCGGUUUGUGAAAGGCCAGUUUGUUGAAUUCCAGGAGUCGACCAUCGGCGCGGCUUUCUUCUCACAGACCUUGGCAGUGAAGGAUGAGACGGUGAAGUUCGAGAUAUGGGACACAGCAGGGCAGGAGCGGUAUCACAGCUUGGCUCCCAUGUAUUAUCGGGGCGCUGCUGCUGCUAUAGUUGUCUACGACAUCACGAAUGCCGCCUCUUUUACAAAAGCAAAGAAAUGGGUCCAAGAACUUCAAGCACAAGGAAACCCAAACACAAUAAUGGCUCUUGCUGGUAACAAGGCUGAUUUGUUAGAGGCGAGGCAGGUGCCAGCAGAUGAAGCAAAGACUUAUGCUCAAGAGAAUGGCCUCUUCUUCAUGGAAACGUCUGCUAAAACAGCGAUCAAUGUGAACGAUGUAUUUUACGAGAUUGCAAAGAAAUUGCUUCAAGGACAACAGGUUCAGAACCCGCAGGGCGGAAUGGUUCUCAACCAGAGACCACCGGAGAGGACGGUGAGCACCUCUUCCUGCUGCUCGUAAAACACCGCGGGGAGUGUGGACUACAUGUGCCAUGGCCUGAAAUCCAAGAGGAUCAUGUAUGCAACGGAAAAUGCGUUGAAGCUUGUGAAGUAGCUGCCAUCCCAGCUGCUAUACUCUUGUGCCUUUACUACUUGUUCAUUGUUAUGUUCCUUGUAAAUGUGGAUACUAGAGUGUUAUUGCAGAUAUUCACAGGUGCUGUGCUGCUACAGCGCAUGCUCGUGCUUAAGUGUUUCUGAAACUAGUGGAACAGAGUAAAGCAAAGCCUAGACAGAUUCGUUUGAUUUA